GAUCCGAAUGAAAGAAACUGUAUUAUUAAUGUCUCAGUACUAUAUAGAAAGAGAGAGAGAGUAGAGAGAGAAAUAUUAAAUGUUCUGUAGGUGCAUAGAAGUUAAUGAAGAAGAAACAGAGCAUUCAAAAUUUCCGGCAAUGUUGGAUUACGAAUGGGGAAACCCAUCGCCGCCGCCGCCGGUCAUUAUCUCCGGCGAAAACCACGACCCAUUUCUCUCGCCACCGACCAACAACCAAUCACUAAUCUAUCAUAACAACAAUGGCAGCUUCGAUCAAAUUCAAACUCAAUCUCAAUCUCAAAGUCAACAUUUUCAACCUCAGACCCAUUUACAGCCUACCUUCUACGACCCACGCGCAUUCAUCGGCGCGUCUAGUUACGCGCACCCUUUCUCCCCCCUCGAACAUCACGCCGGAAAUCCCUCGUCGAGUUUCAUGGUGGUGCCGAAGACAGAACAUCCUUCUUAUGUCGGCGGUGGAGGAUUGGCGGCGGCGGCAACAAUUGGGCUUAAUUUAGGUGGUCGGACUUAUUUCUCGGCGUCCGAUGACGAUUUUGUUAACAGGCUUUAUAGAAGGUCGAGAGGCGGCGGUGGCGGUGGAGAGUGUGUUAGUGUGAAUACGCCGAGAUGUCAGGCGGAGGGAUGUAACGCCGACUUAAGUCAUGCUAAACAUUAUCACCGCCGUCAUAAGGUUUGUGAGUUUCAUUCUAAGGCGGCCACUGUUAUCGCCGCCGGUUUUACUCAACGGUUCUGCCAACAAUGUAGCAGGUUCCAUCCUCUAAAUGAAUUUGACAAUGGGAAAAGGAGUUGCCGGAAAAGACUUGCCGAUCAUAACCGCCGCCGGCGGAAGUCACACCAGCAGGCUGAUAAAUCCCAGCCCCGUAACUCCCCUUCCGGCAGCCUUCCAAGGUCACCGGCAGAUUCAGGAGCUCAGUCGUGUUCGUCGGUGACGUCGGUGGUGGCGAUAUCUCCGCCGAGAAUCUCUUUGGAUUGUUUCGGCCGGCAAAACUCUCUGUUCUACUCAAAUUAGUGAUGAUGAUGAUCAUGAUCACUUUCGAAUGGAAUCCAAUUGUGAUUCAAAUGAAUUAAUUAAGCUUAUUAUUAUUAUUAUAAUAAUUAUUUUCUAACAUGAAAAACUUUUGGGUUUAUCUAUCAUUUUAGUGGCUAGUAGUACUCUCAAGCAAUCAGUUCAUUAAUUAUUAUUAUUAUAUUUAUCUUCUAUCUUUUUAUGUGUGAACUAAAGAAUAGUACUCUCAAGUUUUCUCCUUUAUUUAUUAUGCAUGCAAAUAAUAAUAUUCUACUUUGCCA